CAAGCGCCGAACUACCCCACGACGUGGUCCGCGAGCCAGAGCGCGCGCCCGACGCAGGGGAGCGGGCCGCGCUUCGAGCAGGUCAUCAUGGAGCUGCAGCCGCAGCCGCUGAGCGCGAUGCAGAUGAUCGCGGACGAGCCCGUGCGGCUCGUGCACGCGCGCAAGGCCGUGUGCGACGGCGGCUCCGGCCCGCUCGGGCACCCGAAGAUCUUCAUCAACCUGGACAAGCCCGGCCCCAAGGCAUGCGGGUGA